AUGGCCGACACAUCGCGAGACCACACAAAACACAUAUCCGAACCAAAAAAGCGAAAGAGGAAUCGCAAGGCGCAACCAGAUAAGAAAUUCGAAUGCCAGCACGAGGGCUGUGGCAAGAGCUAUUCCCGAGCUGAGCACUUGCAUCGCCAUCAAUUGAACCAUACACCCAAACAGAUUUAUCGCUGCGACUUCCCCGACUGCUAUCGCUCUUUUGUCCGACAAGAUCUAUGUAUUCGGCACAGAGAGCGACAUACAACCCAUGGCUCGCAAUUGCAGAAACGCGACAGUUUCACCCAGGCUGCUGGUCGCCCGAAUAUUUCCUCUUCGCCGCAGUCGUUGCAUGCGCAGGACGACCCGUCUGCCAUCCUGUCUCCAACGUCGCAGACAUCCAAGCCUAUCGCUCCCUAUGACGUGAAUGGAAAAGACUCGUACAUGUCUUCUAGAUAUGGUGGAGCUUCUAGCAAACAAACCAUGUACGGAUCAGGCACACCGUUCGGCUCUAACUUUCAGGGCAACUCGUUUGGUGCGAACACGUUGCGGGAUAAUGCAACGAACUCAACAUAUAUCGGAGAUGGUCUCGGCAGCCCAACUGCAUACAUGUCGCAACAAGGACUGAGUAUGCCGGAACUUGGCUAUACCAGCUCAGAACUUCCUCAAGCACAAUACGGAACGACCGGAAUGACACUCAAUUCAGUCAACGGCAUGGUCACAGAAGGCGAAGGAGAGAUGGGCUUCGAUUCGUCGUAUCCGUAUCCGGUGUUUGGUGGUGAGUCGUCAUACAAUAGAUCACCGUUUGCUAUGGCAGAUGACUUUGCGGCAUGGUUGUUCAACGAACCGACCGGCACUUCGCCUGUGAAUUACUCGAAUAUGAUGACAGGGUAUACCGAUGCGCCGCAGACGAAUCCGAUAUCCUUUCUCCCGAGCGACCCGUCUUCCUACAAUGGAUUUAACAACCUUGUUUCGCAACACCCAAUGAGCGUUACGAAUAUUGUCGACUCGACACCACCCGAAGCCAUGAUGUCGGAAGAAAAGCGACAAGAUAUACUACAUCUAAUAAGCACCCGAUUCAACGAAACGGCGCAUUCGGCGGUGAACACGCGGAAAGACUCGCUCAUGGAAGGAAACGUCGAUGCGGAUGGUCACAUUCUUAGUCUGCGAAUGAUGCAAACACCUACCUUCGUCGCAGACCGGACCCCGUCGCUACUGCUGCUGUCUCUCAUGGCAAUUGGAGCGGCGACUCUCGAGCGGAUGCACGGCCAGACUGUUAUCGACGGAGCGGCCGAACUGGCCAAUUUUUUGGCAUGGCAUAUCAGGUGGGAGAUUUUCAUGGAUGUCGACUGUCGGCCGCCAGCGAAGCUAUGGGUUUUCCAGACACUGCUGCUGUUGGAAAUAUACGAGAAGGGCUACUCGACCCGAGCACUGCAUGAGCGGGCUCAUAUCCAUCACGAUACUACGCUGACCUUGAUGCGUCGGGGUAGUUCGUUUUUAGGAAGGUCUGCUUACGACACGCCGGCUAGUUUUAGAGACAGGUCGGCGACUGGGACUACGGAUGGUGACCGAGAGGAUCCGUGGUCGUACUGGAUUCGGACGGAAGCUACACGACGAGUCGCUUUUGGUGCGUUUGUCAUGGAUUCGAUCCAUUCGACGAUGUUUGGCCAUUCGGUCAAGAUGGUAGCUCAUGAACUGCGGCUGCCGCUUCCUUGCGACGAGGCUCUGUGGUCGGCUGGGAGUGCUGCAGAGGUGUCACGUAUGCAGACUGUGCUGCAGUCCAAUGGAGUCAAGCCGACCAUGUUUUUGGACGGUUUAAAGAAGACUUUGACUGGACAAAAAGUCCGUACCAACGCAUUUGGUCGGAUGAUUCUGAUGGCAGGGCUGCUCAGUGUUAGCUGGCACAUGAACCAGCGUGAUCUGCAAGUCAGUUCGCUAGGAGUUACGCAAGUACUCGGAGGACGUGAUAAAUGGCGGUCGUCGUUACUACGGGCGUUUGACAACUGGAAACGCGAUUACGACGAUGCGCUUGCAGAAUCAGGCCACCGGCCGUAUUCGAAGAAUAGUCCUAGUUUCUACCAACAGCAUCUGUUACCUUUCCAAGUUGACGAAGAUGAUACAUAUGAAUCGCGGACGGUCUUGCAUCAUCUAGCGCAUAUGGCUGCACACGUUGAUGUUGUAGACUGUCAAGUUUUUGCAGGCGCGGGUCGAUUACUAAGUCGUUCCAUCACGCCCAAGGAUUAUAGUACAGCCCGCGAGAAAAUGACCGAACGAUGGGCUACCAAAGCUUCUGCCCGAGAUGCCACUUUUUACGCGCUGAAGUUUUUGUGUCAUGUGCUACUCCAGCCUACAGGUCCUACUCUGAACAAAGGAGAUAAAAGACCCGGCUAUUCUGCACUGGAAGACUACCUGCUCCAUCGGUCCUGGGUCGUCUACUUUUCGACGCUCGUCGUCUGGUCCUACGGCUACGCCUUGGAAGGGCCUAUUCCUUCACCGCCAGAAUUGAGUAGCGAAGCCGCACAGUUACAGGACAUGCAGCGAUUCCUGCAAACGGUUGGCGCGGUUCGAGAACCUAAUGAUCUGGAGCAUGUAACCGGUAGGAAUCAGUGUCUUGGGCUGUUGUUGCAUUUGCGGACGAGUUUUCUGAAUACGCGGUGGGAGUUGCUUCACGAGGCGGCGUUGCUGCUGGACAGUUGCGUGCAGAAGCUGAAGACGCCGAUGCGAUGA